AUGCCCGGCUUCCACCGUUGGAUGAUUCGCUUCAGUCCCACCGUUUUGUUCAAGCCCCCAGGCCCACUGCUGUGCUGCUCGAAGGCAUUGAUUCUGGUGUUACUUCUGGGCUUCGAGUUCUGCUUGAAGGUAUUGAUUCUGGUGUUGCUUCUGGGCUUCGAGUUCUGCUUGAAGGCAUUGAUUCUGGUGUUGCUUCUGGGCUUCGAGUUCUGCUUGAAGGCAUUGAUUCUGGUAUUGCAUCUGAGCUUCGAGUUCUGCCUUUUCUUCUUUCUCUUUUCGUAG